AUGGCUGCUCAACGAGUGGAAGCAAAAGAUUACAAAAAGGCAGCUUCUGUCUUGGUGGAAGCCUUUUACGAUGAUCCAGUAUGUUUGUACUUGUGCCAUUGCAGCAAUGACCAGCAGUACAGAAAGGUACUUCAGGGAAUGAUGGAGUACAUCGUGUAUGCCCACAUCAUGCGCGGCAUGGUUUUGCAAGCGGACGAUUUCUCCGGUGUCUCCUUGUGGAUGGGGCCCGGCAGUAACAUGGAUGAUUGGUACUCGAUUCUAAGAAGUGGUAUGUGGCGCCUUAACUAUCAAUUGGAUUCAGAAGGCCGCCAUCGUUUCUUCCGUGAGUUUCUGCCCGUUCUUCAUGAUACAAAGGCGGAAAUCCUUCAGCAACGAGAUGAUUCUUCCUGGUACCUAGUCUACGUUGGCAUUCGACGGAAUCAACAAGGAAAAGGAUGCCUUCGAAGACUUGUACAACCUAUUAUGGAUCUCUGUAACCAGGAGAAUCUUCCUAUCUAUUUGGAAUCGAGUCAUCCUCACAAUCGUGCUAUCUACGAACAUUUUGGCUUUACGCUCAAAAAGACAAUUUUCUUAGAACGUGAAACAAAUCAUAUUCCCCUUGAAAUCAUGGUUCGUGAAGCAGACGCUCUGCUCAGCUCCAACACAAAGCCCAAACAUCCAACUAGCACUCCUGCUAGUCUUCCCAGUCAUAUCAAUAGCACAACCACCUCUAUCCAUGCGGCUUCUGUUUGCUAA